GUUUCACAUUUCCUACGGCCCCUCUCUCAAAUGCUGCCACCACUGUGACAACAACACCUAUGAUUGCUCAGUGUACAGACUGUGAGUGUGAGGGGGGCACUUGUACCUUCAAUGUGACAGCAGGAAGGUGUCAGUGCCAAUGUCAAGACUUCACCUUUGGAGAUGCCUGCUCUUAUGGAAAAAAUGAGACCACAGCUCAUAUUGAAAGUGGAGCAGUACCAACUCGAAAAGCAAACAUUACUUUGGAAAUUUAUAUUCCUUACCAGGAUGCUUAUAAUAAUUUAAGCUCACUUGAAUCAAUAAAAUUUAUCAACAUGUUAGAAAAGGAGAUUGAUGCCAUGUGCAAACAAGCAGAUCCACAAGCCUAUAAAACAGUACAAGUCAUCAAGUUAUCGAAUGGAAGUGUUGUUGCAGAGAGUGUGGUACAAUACAACUACCAAAACAAUGAAACACAAAUCAGUUUUCUCAACAAUGAGCUUGAUCGAGUUUUGACUGACAUCUUGAAUCACUCAAACAACCUCCAGAAGAUUUCUCAGGCUUUCUGUACUGACAAUGUGCUGCUAAGUAGAAUUGCUUUCCAGCCACCUUUGAUUACAAAUAUUACAGACCUGAAGCCAUACAUAAACUGCUCUCCGUUUGCCAAUUACACUGCAGUGAUUAUAAAAGGUCAAUGGCAGUGUGUUAGCCCUUGCACAACAAACCCAAAUUAUUGCAAUCAGCAUGGAGAUUGUUUAAAUGAUAUUAAAAAAGGACCAACCUGCAAGUGUUACCAAACUAGCCUGGGACAGUUUUAUGGCCCACAGUGUGAACAGUCAAUGCCACUAUCCACCACAAAUGGAAUAAAUACAACUAUUAGCACAGAUCAUUAUAAACCAACAUUUUUGUCUUUAAAUACAGAGGAUUCUCCCAGCCCUUCAGCCUUUUCCGAACCAAGGAACAUCUACAGUAAUGUUCUCCUCACCCUCAAAAGCCCCAUCUAUGACACCCGUAACAUCAAAUGGACCUAUGCAUUCUUCACUUGGUCAGGAAACAUCCUCAGCAACAAUAUUAUCAACUACUGGGACACAGGCUACGGCUGCCACCCCAGUGAAAUCCACAGCAACAGUACAAUUUACACAAACAAAAUCACAGCUCAUGACAACUAA